AUGAAUGUAAAUAAAAAUAUUGAUGAAUCAGCAAAUACAAGGAAACGACAAUGUGAAUUUGAAGAGUCUAAUGAUGCUAAACAUAAAGGAAAAGAACAGAACAAACCGAUAUCUGAACAUAUAGACAUACGAUUUGAUUUUGUUGUUGAGAAUAAUAAUAUUGAAGACGAAGAUAUAUCAAAUUUCUUAGAGAAAUUAGUUGAAAUCAAACAACAACUUAAUCAUACUAAAUCAUUACUUUCUGAUAAAGAUAUUACUGAUUGGAACAGACAUACUGCUUAUAUGAAUACUGCUUCAACUAUUGUACCUUAUUUACGUGAAAAACUACAUAUUGAAAUUGGAACACAAGCAUGGGCAAAAAUGUUUGAAAUCUUAGCUAAAUUCCAAUUAAUUAAUCAUGUAAAUAAUGAAAAAUGGAGAACACUUCAUUUAUGUGAAGCACCCGGUGGAUUUAUUUCUGCUCUUAAUCAUUUUCUCAUUACUCGAGAAGAAACAAAAAAUGUCGAAUGGGAAUGGUUUGCUCAAACAUUAAAUCCUUAUUAUGAACAUGAUGAAUUAACAGCAGCAAUGCUUAUUGAUGAUGAUCGUCUAAUAUAUCAUACCAUCGAUGACAAUCAUUGGGAUUUUGGGAUAGAUAAUAGUGGUAAUAUAAUGAAUCAAGCAAAUAUUAAUCAUUAUAUUUCACGUUUUCAACCAAUGAAUAUUAGUUUUAUAACAGCCGAUGGGAGCUUUGAUGUACAAAGUAAUCCCGGUGAACAAGAAUAUCUUGUUUAUCCAUUAUUGAAAACGGAAGUUUAUAUUGCAUUAUCAUGUUUAAUAACACAUGGAAAUUUUGUUCUCAAAUUAUUUACAAUAUUUGAACAAAUAACAAUUGAUUUGAUCUAUAUACUCUAUCGAACAUUUCGUCAGAUAUCAAUGUUUAAACCAAAAACAAGUAAAAAAGGUAAUUCAGAAGUCUAUGUAAUUUGUAUGGAUUUUAAUCGUGAAAAAUUUACAAAUUGUUUUAAUGAUAAUCUGGAAAUUAAAUCAAUACCGUAUUCAAUAUCAUUUGUUAAACAACUUAUUGAAUGUUCGGAAUUAUUUCAAUCCUAUCAAAUAAAUACUAUUGAACAUAAUUUAUAUUAUUUUAAUAAUUUAAGUCGAAACUUUAUUAAAAAAUUACAUAAAAUAAAAGCGAAUCUAUUGGAUAGAUUUCUUAAUGAAAGUCAAGCAAGAGAAUUAUUAUCAACUGAUCGACAUUUAUUAAAUACAAAUCUCAAAUUUCAACGUUUAUAUCCAUACAAUAAUCGAUUAACUCGAACGGGUACAUUUAAUAAUCAACAUCAAAUCGAUAUUAAUAUGAUACAAAAUCAAAUUUACAAAGGAGAGUUUUGUUUAAUAUGUUCAAAAAAUGAAGAUAAUGAUUUAUGCCAAACAUGUCAAACAAUAUGUCAAUUCAUUGAACAUCGACCUACAACAAUUUCUCAGAUAUAUAUUGGACAACUGACUGCAGAUAGUCCAAUAAUGAUUGAUUGUGUAUUUGGUACACAAUCGAUAAAUAUACAAAAUUCAUGUUUUUGUAAUAGAUAUUUACUUGAAUUAUGUCAAAAAACGAAUUCAUCUACAAUUUUAUUAAAUGAAGAUUCAAUUAAUUUAACAUCAAUUCGAAAUUCAUCAUCAGUAGAAAUUUCCAAUGAAGAAUUUAAACAACUCCAACAAUUUGCUAGUGAUUAUCAAAUGAAUUUACAAUCAAAAGAAGGUGUUUAUUAUAUUCAAUCAACACCUAUUCUUACUCGUUUACAAGCAUCAGUAAUUUAUCGUCUUACCCAUACCUUUGAGAAAACAUCAGUUUAUGUAAUUCCAUCAUCAUCAUCUUCACAUUUACUAUUUAUUUUUGAAACAUUUCAAAAGCCAAUCAACCAUGAAUACCAAACAAUUUGUCAACAACUUUGUUCAGCGUCAUCAUCAAAUCUUUUACAAUUUAUUCAUAUUUAUCAACUAUUAGAUCAACAUUUUGCUUUGCAUCUUAUACAAGCAAAUAAUAUAUGUUUACAAUUGAAAUAUAUUACAUAG